AUGCAGUUCCAACUCACCACUCUUCUCGUUCUGCUCGCUGCUGGUUUCCACGCAGUAGAAGCCAACAAGUGCCUUUACAACCCAGCUCGCCUGUGCUCCGAGGGAUGUCCCAACGGAGGCUGCACUGUUCCCAACAGCCCCGGCGAUAACUUCUCCUUAUCCAUUCAAAUCACUUUUACCACUGUAUUGAUCUUCAUGGGCGUUGCGUUCACAAGUGUGUGGGGCCAAAUAGUCAUCUGUUUGAGAAGCUGUUCGGAGCGGGUUAACCCUGGAAUUGACCAGAAGGGGCAGGAAAGGGGUGGCAUGGCCAGGGAUGUGACUAUGUGUACUGUUAAGGGCAUCCUUCCUGGAUGA